UAGACAAUUCUCAUCUUCGUUAUAGCUUUUCUGAACUAGCUUUGAUACCUGAAUUGAGGGCUUUUCAAGAAGAUACCCUUGGUCUGUUGGACCCAUUCGGAUGUAAGGCAGGAGUUGCAUUGAAGAUCUUGACACCUUCGGUAUUAGG